AUGAACCUCUAUCAGUUGCUAAUACUAUCUAUCCACUUCCUUGACACUAUGUACGUGUCACUAUUUUUUUCGUUUCUGUUAGAUGUAAAAAUUUUCAACAAAUUUAAAUGCAAUUACUCAGUUGGUAUGGGUAUAUUUUUUUCCAAAGUUGGAACUCUGGGUGUAUUGCUAGCGCCACUUAUUAAAGACUGGGGUGUGGAUGUGAUUUCCAUAAUUUUCAAUAUUGUACAUUAUAUAUCUUCAUUCAUUAUAGUUUUUUCUCUGAUCUAUAACAAACAGGCACCAUUAUACAUACUCUUAUUCGUGUUUUCUUUCUCCGCCACAAUUAUCAAUGCUAAGCUAAAAUAUCAUAUGUUGGAGGGUUUGGAAGAAAAAAAACGCAAUGAUAUUAUCAUAUAUGAAAGUUACGUAAAUGCAGUAGCAUGGUCAAUUGGAAAUAUAAUAUCUUACUGUUUGUAUUACAAUUUUGGUGAUAAUUGGAAAAACGAAACUGUGGAAUAUGUAAUUAUGGUCGCUCAAAUCAUUCUUAGCAUUAAAUUUCUUAUGGUAAAUUUUUACUUCAUUGCAUACUCGUAUAUUUGUACGACAUAUGCAUCCAUAACUGAAAGCAGCGCUCUUAUUAACAAGACGGAGAUUGCCGAUAAAAAUAGGUACAUUCCUUGGAUUAUAAUUGCUACCCGUAUUAUUUAUGCAAUUGGCAGUGGGCUUAGUGUCAAAUAUUUUGUUUUGUAUAUGAUUGACAUGUUUAAAAUGAAACCAUCGGAAAAAAGCUUAAUCUCGGCCAUAAGUCCCAUUCUUUUAUUAACAUUAACAGCUAUUAUAAAGCAUAUGGAGAAGUAUAUGAACGAUAUACUACUUGUUAUAAUAGUAAAGUUUAUUGGUUAUAUUUUAUUGGUAUGCUUCGUGCAUUCAAGAGAACGAACAUUGUCCCUAUUCUUAUAUGCAGUACGCUAUCCAAUGCAAAAUUGUGCAUCCCCAAUCAUAUCGUCAGUGCUAUUGAAAAAUAACACCAAGUACAAUUACAAGUGGUGGAUCUCGUCCUACGAAACAAAUCAAGUUAUUAACGCUUUUAGCACAUUGCUUGGUGGGAUAGUGUCAGAUAAAUAUGGCUAUGAAAUAUGUUUCAAGGCAACAUGCGUUAUUUAUGCAAUAGCCCAACUUUUAUUCGCAACGUGCUAUCCUUUGAGUGAACUCACUCAUAAAAAUUAA